AUGACCAAAUUCCCAAAGAGCGUUCUCGAAGAAAGACGAGCUGCCAGCUUGAAGCUUGUCGAAGCUCUGGAUGCCUAUGAGACAAAAGGCAAUGAUAUCCUUGGCCCUCAGAACCCAGACCGCAUGCGUCAAGAGCCAGAUACCGUGUGUCCACCAGAAACCGACCAUGGCAAGAUGCCCAACAUGAAGUGGUCCUUCACAGACUCACACGUCCGUCUCGAAGAAGGUGGCUGGGCCAGAGAAACCACCGUCCGCGAACUUCCCACCUCCAAAGAACUUGCAGGCGUAAACAUGCGCCUUGGUCCCGGUGUCUACCGCGAACUCCACUGGCACAACGAAUCCGAAUGGGCGUAUAUCAUCAAAGGCACAUGUCGCAUCAGUGUCCUCGACCUUGAGGGCGGGUCGUACAUUGACGACCUCGAAGAAGGCGACUUAUGGUACUUCCCCACUGGGUUCCCUCACGGUAUCCAAGGAACCGGCAAAGAAGGAGUAGAGUUCUUGCUCAUAUUUGACGACGGCAAUUUCUCAGAAGACAGCACAUUCUUGCUCACGGACUACAUUGCACGAACACCCAAGUCAGUUCUAGCCAAGAACUUCAGGGUCGACGAAGCAGUCUUUGACUCGCUCUCUGAGAAAGAAAAAUACAUCUUUCAAGGCACGAUCCCUGGAUCUCUAGAAAGCGAUCGCAAAAGCGUUGGCACACCCUCAAAACACCGCUUCACCCAUCGCAUGCUCGCCCAAACACCGAAGAAAUUUCCAGGUGGCGAGGUACGCAUCACAGACACAUCCAACUUCCCCAUUUCCAAAACCACAGCAGCAGCACAUGUAAUCAUAAACCCUGGUUGCUUGCGAGAAAUGCACUGGCACCCCAACGCCGACGAAUGGUCUUUCUUCCUGCGCGGCCACGCUCGAGUAACCAUCUUCGCUGCAUCAGGAAAUGCGCGAACAUUCAACUAUCAAGCCGGAGAUGUAGGCAUUGUCCCCAAAAACAACGCUCACUACGUCGAAAACAUUGGCACUGAGCCAGUGGAAAUGUUGGAAAUGUUUAGGGCGAGCAAAUUUGAAGAUUUCAGUACUGAGCAGUGGUUGGCGCAAACUCCUGCUACUACUGUAGCUGAACAUCUGAACCUCUCGGGAGGUCACAGGGAAAAGUUCCUCAAGAGCUUGAGUAGGGACAAGACUGCUGUUAAGGCGCCGGUGAGGAAGACGAGGUCGAUGAGUGAUAUGCACAAGGCUUUGGAGGAGUUGCUGUAA